UUUAUAUUUUUGGGUAGGCUCUGUUCUGAAGUCUGAAGGAAGUAUGUGUUCCGUCACGGAAAGCUUUUCGCGAAGUAUGGCAGCUUAAGAAUAAAUCCCUUCUUCGUGCAACAUGGAAGGCACAAGAAUUCUCGCCGGACGCCUAGCAGAGGCUAUGCCCUUCUUGCGACGUAGUGAGCCUAAUUCAACGGAGAAAUUAUCGGAUAUUACUUACUACCGAGCGCUGCGUGAUCCCGGUCCUCCGAUCAAUCCCAUUUGUGACAACCGGGCCAGUCAUGUUGAACAUCCGAAGAAAUCCAUGGUGCAUGUGCAUUUGCAGAAACCUCAGGACAUCAAGUGUUUGCAGUACUCCGAAUCCACAGAAGUCAAGGAUCUCUUGCAACUGCUUUCUUCAAGAGUCUCCUGCCAUUUGGGCGGCUGUUUACGGUAUCACGCUUUGUGUCUAGUCCACGUACCUUCUGGGAAGCGGUAUUGGUUACACCGCAAUUUAACUAUGAGGCAGGUUCAUAAAAAAUACAUGUCGCGUCACCCGCGUGAAGAGUGGAAAUUCUUCCUGCGAGUUCGCUAUUUUCCGCGUUAUUUUGAAGAUAUGGCAGCGGAUGAUUCAACCGCUCUUCUGUACCUCCAAGAACAGCUAAAGGAGCAGUUUUUCGAGGAUGAGCGAGAAGAUUUCGACUUUGCCGUUGCAAUUCGUCUUGCAUGUCUUGAGAUGCGGAAAAUGUACAAUGACAUGCACUCCUUCGCAUUGGAGAAAAAAUCCAACUUCGACAAUAUUCAUUUGGAGAAAUUGAUACCGCGUUCAGUACUGAAUCGAACGAAGACGAAAUUACUGAGGAAGCAUAUUCAGCAAAUUUUUCGGUUAUACUCUGAAUACGACUGUGAUCGCUGUGCUCUCGAGUUCUUGAAAGAACUAGUGUUGUGCAAGAACUUCCGUGACGAAAGUUUCAACUGCGAUAUUGGUAGCAGACCUGCGAUUCCUGCUGAAAUUGUCGUCGGACCCGAGAUAGGGAUUGCCUACCGGAGAACAUCAUCAGAACAUCCAUGUCGUGUUGCUCAUUUGCACGAAAUCGUGAGCAUCCGCGUCGCUGAGCUACAAAGUGCGAGGUUCCAAGUCCACCUUUCGCGCGUUGAUGGCGAGCCCGUCAUUUUGACUUUCAACUAUCCUGAGGAUGCGGAAAGCCUUGCGGACUUGGUUGACGGAUAUCACCGACUACUGAAGAACACGGAAGCAUCAAUAUGGCUGUCGAGCAAUGAACGGAAGAUCCUGCUGACGGGAGACCCGGGGAAGCAACGGGGAUUACGCGAUUCAUAUCAGCCGCUUUUUGGCGACUGGGAUAGCAGUUUGGGAUACGGUUCUACUGCGGAAUUGAUUGACGAUGAUGGAGAUUAUUCUAUGCCUGCCGGGAUUACGAAAAUCGUAUUCAAGGAAGGCCACAUGUUAUCACCAGAAGCUAAGCAGAGUGUUUUGGACCCGGUGCCCAGUCGCCGAACCUCCGAGACAAGUGACGAACCACCGACGAAGCCACCGAAACCCGGAUCCUCGACUUAUUUGAUCGCUCGCACGCCAGAAGUUCUAACGGAACUGAUGCGAGAGAACAGCUCGCGGUUGUCUCAAGCUAUCUACGAUGCACCGGCGACCCCGUUUAACACGGUAAUGCUAGACUCACCGCCGGGCUUUUGGCUUCGUAACACUAACUCCAGGGAUGCUCCGACUCGGGGUUUCGCUCUCUCUGACGCUUCCGGCUCUCGUUGGUUUUCUAGUAGUGGAGCUAUAACUGAUGAGACGCAGCUCCAAUUAGAAAAGGUUCGUCUGGAAUCUCGGCUGAAGAAGCAAAUGGAGGAAUCGCAAAAUGACAACGAAUGGCUCGCGGAGAAAGAGACUACUUUGGAGAAGUGCGCCGGGGUGCCUGUGAGGAGAUCCCGGGGAAGUACUGCGAGUGAUGAUCGGGAAGAAAUGGGAAAGCCAUUGGCAACAUCCAAUAUUGUUGUUAAAGUGUUGGAGCCGAGUCCGACUGCCGAACUCGAUCGACAGAACGAUGACGUGUAUUCCGGGACGAUUAACGUGGUCAAAGCUGUCAUGAGGCUAAACAAGGGUGUUCAGCAUGACAAAUUGGAAAUGCCGCGGGAUUACGUGCUUGACGUUGGAAAGAAUUUGCGAGACUUGCUUGGAGCUGUGGACGCUUUCGUAGAUCAACUACAAGGGUCGACAGCAAAAGAGAUCAAAAUGGCUCAGACGCUUCUGGGUGAAGACAUGAAGAAACUUGUGUCUGCUCUAACUCUGGUGGAAAAGUAUGGUAACACUACUCUUGAACAGGAAUAUGUCAGAAGUAUGAUAUCUUCAGCGCACGUCCUUGCUGUGGAUGUGAAAAAUCUUCAAGACGCUGUGGACAACGAGAGGCUGAAAGUGAAUGCGUCAGAAUUUCCGAACGCACAAAAACAGGCGGAAGUGUCUGAAGCUACAGGAAUCCGCCUGACCCGCAGUGCUCAGCCGUCUCCAACGUCCUCGCGCUCAUCAACCGUCUCGAAACGUGAUCGCGCAGGCUCAAUCGCGUCAUCGGUCGGUAGUGAGAAGGCCUGUGAUUCCGUGGCGGACUUCGCCGAAGCAUUCAGCAAAGAAUUCGGGGAAAUGUCCAUCGCCAAGGGUUCUGACUACGAUGCACCGCCUGGCACACCGCCGUUUCCCUCAUGA